AUGGCCGAUGCGAUGAUGUGUACGAGCGAUCUUCUCGAUGAACUCACCUACUUCAGAAUGCAGUUGAGCCAACGCAUUGGUAGAUUGAGAAGCGCGACUUUGGAUGCUGAGGAAACCAUCAAAGACAUGGAGAGGGCCAAGGUCGCGGCUAAGGUCCACAUUGUUCAGCAAGGAGGCAUGGUUCCACCGGACGACCAUUUUGGAGACUGGGAAUAUGAUUCCGAGGAUGGUGAGGGUAGAGGAAUCACUCAGCUCGGGAACAUCGACGCCGGUAUGUUCAAUUAUAUCUCUACUGAUGGAGUUCAGCUGACAAAAAUCCUAGUCAUCAAGGAACAGCGAGCCAAGAUCGUAGAGAUUGACCAGGAGAUCAAUGUUGAAGCUUGUAUGGACAACAUGCUUAGGAUUGAUAUGAAUGAGUUUGCCGUUGCAGUUCAGAUGGUGGGUGUCGAGCUUGAGCGCUGGAGACGUGGUGAUAUAACCAGAUGCCUCUAUACCAAUACGCCGAUGCACGAGGCUUGGAAGCAGAUGGGAGAGUACAUCGUCAAGAAGCUUUGGCAGAGUAUGGCAGAAGAGGAAGCGGAACAGGAAAGAGAAGCGGAGCAAGUCAAGCAAGCGAUUGCAAUGAUCAAGAAGGCUGAGUCCGCUGCGGUGGCUUCGUCCAAGAAAUAUCCUUCCAUCCCGCGAUGUUUCACAUGCAAAGAACUCGGCCAUAUCGACAGAGAGUGUGGGAAGGUUGAUGUUAAAGAGGAGACAGGUCUCAACGACCCUGGCAGGUACGCACAUCUCGAUCGUCGUUCAGCGGCCAACACCAAGCCUUGGGAGAAGAAAUCGAAGUUCUGUAUUACCUGCAGUAAGCCUGGACACACCGAGAGAUACUGUCAUAUUACUCAUCGGGAGGAAGAAAAGGGGAACUACUGCGAUCACUGCGGCAAAUACGGCCAUCGUAUUAAUGGUUGCUUCGGGCUCCAUCCCGACCUUCUCCAAGAAUUUUGA